GAAUUAUUUUUCGUGAUAUUCAACAAUGAAGAGAAUUGCUUUAGUUCUUUUUGCUGUUCUAUUUCUUGUGGUUACCGGUAGACACCACAGAGAUAAUGACUACCUACAGCACGUGCAAUUGGUAAACGAAUUUCGUUGCUCAUUGCCACAACUACGAGCAGUUCCUGUUACAGAACUUCUUACAAUUGGACCUGGUCCUGAUGAAAUUUUCUAUCCUUCAUCAACGGUAUUAGCACGUUGCAGUGGGUCCGGAUGUUGUCCCAAUUCCAAACAGAUCUGUGCACCAAUUGAGACUAGAAACGUCAGUUUGGUGUUUAUGGUUAAACAUCUUAUAGAUCGACAACGGGACAGGCACCAUGAAGUCAUUCACGCUGUUGAAGAUAUCGAAUGCGCUUGCAUUGAUGAAAUCAAAGUUAAUACGACGUAAUUAUUUCUCUUAACGUAUAAAUGCAAUGGAAAUGACUGAAAUUAUUUAUGUUUGUGUAUGCGUGCUUGUGAUUGUACCUCAAUUAAUAAUGAAAAUUGCUUUAAAAACA